AUGAUAGAUGAACCCACUGCUUGCAGUAACUCAGGAAGUUUUCAGGAUUACCACAAUGGACCCUACUAUUCUUAUUUGUAUGGCCAGACUUCAGAUUGCUCUGAAUUUAAAAGCCAGCUUUUACAGAUAAUUAAAUGGGAUCAGAAUCAGUAUCAGUCAUCUAAUUCACAUGCACCAGCGUCUGGGCCCUUAGUAGAUUCAGACAACGAAUAUCCUGCACUUUCUUUAUACGAUAGCGUAGUUAGAUCGCGUGCUCAUUUAUACGAGUGUUUUGACUCUCCAGAAAUCGCCCGGUUCGGUGGCCAAGAUGUCGAUCGUCGAAUCACAACGAUAUCUCAUCAAAAGCCAUCGGGUUCUUUCGAAAGAUUUAAGCAUUCUCCUUUAACUGCUGUCAGUGAGUUUCGCGUCCCCACAAGUCAGUGUGAAUUAAUAUUCGGAAGCAGCAAUGCAUCUCAUAGACGCCGAACUAACGAUUCCGAUGUCAGAGUUUCACCAUCCAUUAAGCGAGACAAUGGAUCUAUUGAUCGACAAUAUCAAGAUAAAUUUGAGGAAAACGACAAGCAGCUUCGAAGAUCACGUGAUGAUUCUUCUCGAAGAACUGAUUACGACAAAAGACGAAAAGAUUCACCUGAAUACAAGCUUACUAGACGCAGUCCCCUCAAAUCGGACGAAAGAGAUAGAGAUUAUAACCGUAGUAGACACACUCCAACCACAAGGGAUCGAUCACGUCCAUAUGAUAGAGUAAGCGGAAGAGCAAAGUCUUCCGAAGUUGUCCAUAAAAUUGAACAGAAUAGCAAGAAUCUGGAGCUCUCUCGAUUAUCUUCUACUGGCGCGGAUCUCGUAGCGGCCCAGCCAAUGUGCAUAUCUGUCGCUACACUUUUAGAUGAACCUUUCCGCCGCAUUCGUCCGCCCCGGAUUGUCAUCCUUAUGAGAGGACUUCCUGGUUCUGGGAAGACAACUGUGGCUCGGUUAAUUAAGGUAAGCGGUUGCUUUGGUAUGUACUGUUUUUAG